AUGGCCAAUGAACGAUAUAUAACGGCAGUAUUACCAGAACAUAGUAGAUCAGCAUUAGAUCGACUUUUGGAAGCAGAAGAAAAAGAAGCGGAAAAAUACACUAUCACUACAACAAAAGAACUUUUGGCUAUCAAAAGGGCAGCUUAUGAUCAGAUACAAGCUGAAUUCGGUGUAAAUGAAAUGGCUGGCAUGAAACGAAAAAUCAAUGAUCCUAUAAAUAUACAAAAUAAGAGAUUCGCUAUGGAUGGAUUUGAUGGAUCAAAUAGACAAGCAGAGGAUUCCAAUUUGGCUGAAGUAGAUGAAAAUAUAUUCUUUACUGUCAAUUAUGACAAGUACAAUAUGAUCUUUCGAAAUGAAACCAUAGUGGAUUAUGCUACGGAACGUGUGAAUCGAACGGCUGGACAAGUAAUCAAAGCCUUUUUUGAAUAUGGCAAGGAUGAAAUGAAAAAUGUCAAAGAAGAUGAUACUCCUUCAGCAACUCCAAUGCAUAUUGCCAAUCUUCUAUCACCAGAAUUAUUGACUCAAGGGGAUAUUAUUUUACAACAAGAUCCAUUAAACAAGAACAAACCACCAAGUACACAAGAUGCAGUCAGAGGAUACAUUACAUUAUUAAAGAUGGAUCAAGCAGGAUUUAUCAAGAACAAGGAUGAACGUGGGGCUAAUCAAUUUACGGUUAAUCUUGCCAAAUUACGUGAAUCUAUGAAACGCAAAUUACUGGAAAGUUUAUUACGGGAACGAUUAGGUGUAGCAACAUGUCGGAUUGCACGCAUUUUGAUUGAAAAGGGCAAAUUGGAUGAAUCUCAAGUACAAAAACUGGCCAUGUUACCACCAAAGGAUACAAGGGAAAAAUUGGCUCAAUUGAAUCUUCAUGGAUUUGUAGAAAUUCAAGAAGUACCCAAGUCGGCGGAUCGUGCACCUGGAAGGUCAUUCCAUUUAUGGUACGUACCAUUGGAAAAAUGUUAUGAAGAACUGUUGGUGGAUAUCUACCGGGUGAUUGGCAAUUUACAACAACGUAAAAAAGAAGAAUUGGCACUCCGAGAACGGCUAUUGGAAAAACUGAAUCGACAGGAUGUCAAGGAAAACAUGGAUUUACUUAGUGAUGGUGACAAGGCCAAUAUGGAAAACAUGGAAAAAGUAUUACAACGAUUAGAAACAUCCAAGAAUAGAUUAGAUGCCAUGGUGAUGAUUUUAAGGGACUUUUAA